AUGGAUAUCGAUGAGGAUUCUUUAUAUCCGGAUCGGGCAGGACCAAAUGAGACUAAGGCUAAAUUAGGUCCUCCGGAUCGUUGGAUGUAUUGUCCUCCAAUGGGUUCAGUUGUGGCGAAGCAUUUUCUACCGUUCAAAACGCCGCUAUGCAAACUAUACGAUGACCAGAUUGAACCGAAAUAUCAAUUUCAUCCACGAGAUGUGUUCGCGAAGAAAUUGAACGAUGCUGAACCUGGCGCAAAGAUUGUUUUGUGGAUUGAUCUGACCAAAACGAAUCGAUAUUACGGCAAAAAAGAGGUUGAACUGCGCAAUUGUACGUAUCUGAAGAUGCCAAUGAAAGGGCAUGGUGAAACACCGUCUGUGGAAGACACCGAGAGCUUCUGUCGAGCUGUCCGAGAAGCACUUCGUGUUAGUAUCUUUCUGUCAUCGCACAAAUACCAGCUGAAUGAUCCAAACAAUAGGCUAGAUAUUCGUGAAAUGUGUGGCGCUAAGAGGGAUGGUUUCCCGGGCAGUCAACCGGUUUCAAUGGAACGAUCUCCGGAGCGUGAUAACCUGAAGUUUCUCGCCGAAAAUCCCUAUAUGGUCUCAUGGAAAGCCGAUGGAGUUCGGUAUAUGGUGUUGAUAAACGAUGAAGAUGAAAUAUAUGCGUUUGAUCGUGACAAUAACGUGUUUCGAAUUCCUUCAAUAACCUUUCCACAUCGUAAAGAAUCUCGCCAUUUACGUGAUACAUUAAUUGAUGCAGAAGUUAUCAUCGAUAAGGUGCCCGGUGAAGAUGGCCAAAUGAAGGAAAUACCUCGCAUGCUGAUCUAUGAUAUUAUAAAAUUUGAGGUUUGUAUUAGAAUGUGUUACAAUUGUAUGUAUAUUCGUGAUUUUAUUUCUGAUGUUGCUUUGAUCAGUGGCUUAUGGGCGAAUGUGUUGGCGAAUGCGACUUUCCGAAGCGUUUGUUAUGCAUCCAGAAGGAAUUGA